AUGAGAAGACAUUUGCUAAGUGACAGUUACACAAACAUCCCUUUCGUCCCGGGGAAGAUCUCAAACACGUUUUAUAUCGCCCCCGGGGUCCGCGUUGGCGCUGAAGGAGCUCCUGGUUACCAGCACGUGGUCCGGCUGGCCCAGAGUCUGGUGGCGCUCUGCAAGAAGGGCUACAUCACCCAGGCUGAGGUGGAGGAGAUCGUUGGUCUUUGGGAGAACCUCCCCGAUGCCGAGAAGGGCCCUGUGGUGUAUCCGCCACGCUGUAGGGCCCAGCUGGCAAAGGGGACGAUUAAGAAGUCCCAAACCUACGCUCCCAACACAGUGGCCAUGCCAGGGCUGGAGAGCAUGAAACGCUGCAUUGUGGGAACUGGCAGCCAGCCCGCCGUGUGGCCCGACACCAGCCGGCUGGUGGAGGCCAUCUUUGUCCAGCUGUGUGGCCUCCACCCUGGCAGCAAGAAGAUGAAGGGAUGCCUGGUGACCCGCUGGACCCUGCUUCUGAGGGACUACAACACCAUCCGGAAUGUGGUCACCACCCACCCCGCCCUCAGAACCAGGACCGCCCUGCAGCUCUUCGCGGUCAACCAGGCCACCGUCUCUCAGUGGCACAAAAGGUGGACCGCCACCCAAGAGAGGACCACCCCCCCCAUGCAGGCCCCUCUUCAGGCGGAGGAGACCCAGCCUACCCCGAGGACCUCCGUCUACAAGGACCUACCACCACUGGAGGGAGAGGAGGAGGCUUUUCCUAUCACCACCUCUGCCCCCCCUGCUGCCACCACCUCCACAGCCUCUCACACGGACAUGCAGGUGACGGCGGCUAAGAAGGGACUCUGUUAAAAUCCCCUCCAUCAACCGCUGCAGCCAGUGUGGCCUGAGGAGGAGUCAAGAGACGGGCCACAACCAGCUGAGGAGGGCAAGCGGCGAGAAGGUGAACUACUGUCCUGCAGCUGCCAGAGGACGGGCUGGCUCCCUGAACUGACCCCUGCAUGC